GCAAAAAAACUUCAUAUAGAAAAAAAAUGGAAUUGGAAAUAGUUUUUGGUGGACAUGUGUGCAGGAAUCCAGGCAUGAAAAAGAUCAAUUUGCAUUUACUUCUCAUUUAAUGCCUUCACCUACACUCGGAAACUGCUGUUUCAUUGCAUUCAAUGCUCUUUGUCUCUCUCCCUCAUGCCCUUCACCAUCACCAUUUCAUUCUUGCCUCCUCUUUCAACCAACCUUCAAUAAUCCAUGAAUCCAUCUUUAGCAUAAGCAUUUCUCACUCCCACAACCACUACUACUCUCCAAAUCAAGAUAUAUAUCCAGCAAAGAAUGAGUUAGCCUUUUUCCAUUGAACUCUGUGUGGUGUAAAAGUAAAUGGAAACCAAUUUAAAUUUAUGUCCCCAAAAUGUAAUCUUGAGUGUGUUCUUCGAUUGUAAAAUCCAAUUUUCUCACGUGGGUUUUGGGAAAACAGCAGCACUGAGGAGAUGGAUUUGCGGUUUAGAUUCUGUUUUACCGGUUUGAGAUAGCAGAAAUUCAUGUCUUUGUAGUUGGAACUUGAUGAUCUCGGGUGGUCUUGGUAAGUUUGCCUAAUUUGUUUAGUAGUUUCAGACGUGUGUUCUUGAUUAUUUCUUCUGCAUUCAGAUACAUCUAUGUAAAAACUGGUUUUCUAAUUUGUUAAUUCAACCAUGGAAGAAUAGAGGAACCCAAAAGGAGUACUAGCUUGUUGAAGAGUUCAUAGAUAUCACUUUUUCUCAUCUGGGGUUUUUUGAAAUAUUUCAAUACAUAUCAGAGGCAGAGAUUGUUGUUCUUGAGUAGUCUAUUAUAUAUAAUGGAGAUAAGGAGGGGUUUAGUGACAGAUUCUAUCAUCUGGGUCUUGAAAAUCACCACAAUGAGAGCUAGAUUUCUUGCAUUUUUUGUGUUGAUUUCAGAUUUAGGGAGGUUGGUUUUAGGCCUAGGCUCAAUGUCCUCCAUUGCCAUUUCUUAUGGUGAGAAUGGCCCUGUUUUCUGUGGUCUUAAACCAGAUGGAACUCAUCUUGUGGACUGCUAUGGAUCAAAUUCAGCUAUAAUCUUUGCAACCCCAUCUCAUUUCCCGUUCGCCGGUCUAACCGCAGGCGAUGGCUUUGUCUGUGGGCUUCUAAUGGGUUCAAACCAACCUUAUUGUUGGGGAAGCAGUGCCUUUAUUCAAAUGGGGGUUCCUCAACCUAUGGUUAAUGGGUCUGAGUACUCUGAAAUCAGCGCUGGAGACCACCAUUUGUGUGGUUUGAGAAAACCCUUUAUGGGAAAGCUAAGAAAUACAAUCACAAACACUAGUACUACUUCCAUUGUUGAUUGUUGGGGCUAUAACAUGACUGCAAACCAUGUGUUUGAUGAUGGACCUGUGAAGUCUAUCUCAGCUGGUUCAGAGUUCAAUUGUGGAUUGUUUUCUCAAAACAAUAGUGUUUUCUGUUGGGGUGAUGAGACCAGUAGCAGAGUCAUUAGCUUGAUUCCUAAACAAAUGAGGUUUCAGGAGAUUUCAGCUGGUGGGUAUCAUGUUUGUGGGAUUUUGGAAGGGGAUAAACUGAAUUCUAGGGUUUUUUGUUGGGGAAGAAGCUUGGACCUUGAAGAACAAAUAUCUAAUAGAGUGGUUAAUUCAGGGCAAAUCAUGAUCAAUGUGGACUUGGCUCCAAAUGAUCCGAUGAUUUCGGUUGUUGGAGGGAGGUUUCACGCUUGCGGAAUCAAGAGCUACGAUCACGGUGUGGUUUGUUGGGGCUAUAGUGUCAAAUCAAGUACUCCACCUCCUAGUGGAAUUAGGGUUUUUCAGAUUGCUGCUGGGGAUUACUUCACUUGUGGUGUUCUUGCUGAGAAAUCUCUGCUUCCCAUUUGUUGGGGUGCCGGUUUUCCCAGCUCUCUCCCAGUGGCGAUCUCUCCGGGACACUGCAAGCACGAUCCUUGUGAACCCGGUUUCUACGCUUCCGACAAUGGAACUUUAGCCUGCAAGUCCCCUCCGGACUCCCGCAUUUGCUUGCCUUGCAGCAAUGGUUGCCCUGCUGAAAUGUACCAAAAAGUUGGUUGCACAUCGACAUCUGAUCAACAAUGCGAAUUUAACUGUUCGAGUUGUGCAUCGAUUGAAUGUUACUCAAAUUGUUCAUUUUCGAAUUCUAUUCCUGGAAAAAGCAAUGGAAAAUUUUGGUCACUCCAAUUGCCGGUCAUUGUUGCUGAGAUUGCCUUUGCCGUGUUCUUGGUCAGUGCAUUUACUUCUUUGACUUCAAUCUUCUACGUUCGCUACAAGUUAAGAAACUGUAGGUGCCCGGCUAGAAGUGACUUGAAAUCGAAGAGAAAUAGCAUUGGGAAUAAUAGUGGUUCUUCAUUUCAGAAAGAUAGUGGUAAAAUCCGACCUGAUUUGGAUGAUCUCAAGAUCAGAAGAGCUCGGACAUUUACUUACGGGGAGCUUGAGAGAGCCACUGGUGGCUUUAAAGAAGAAUCCCAAGUGGGAAAGGGAAGUUUUUCGUGCGUGUUCAAAGGGGUAUUGAAGGAUGGAACGGUUGUAGCGGUGAAAAGGGAUAUAAUGUCAUCUCCUAACAAUGACACAAAGAAGAAUUCGAAGGAGUUCCAUACUGAACUAGACCUACUCUCGAGGCUAAACCAUGCCCAUUUGCUCAAUUUGCUCGGUUAUUGUGAAGAAGGGGGAGAGAGGCUUCUAGUUUAUGAGUUCAUGGCUAACGGGUCAUUGCAUCAACACCUCCAUGGAAAAAACAAGGCCUUAAAGGAGCAACUAGAUUGGGUUAGAAGGGUUACUAUCGCGGUCCAAGCAGCUCGUGGGAUUGAAUACUUGCACGGCUAUGCUUGCCCACCUGUGAUUCACCGCGACAUCAAGUCUUCAAACAUUCUAAUUGAUGAAGAACACAAUGCCCGGGUAGCUGACUUUGGGCUUUCCUUGUUGGGGCCUGCCAAUAGUAGCUCACCGUUGGCUGAGCUACCAGCGGGGACUCUAGGCUAUCUUGACCCUGAGUACUAUAGGCUGCACUACCUCACAACCAAAUCCGAUGUCUAUAGCUUUGGUGUUCUGCUUUUGGAGAUCUUGAGUGGUCGGAAAGCAAUUGAUAUGCAAUUCGAAGAAGGAAACAUUGUCGAAUGGGGGGUUCCUUUGAUCAAAGCUGGAGACAUACAAGCGAUUUUGGACCCGGUUUUGAAGCCCCCAUUGGACCUAGAAGCCUUGAAAAGGAUUGCGAAUAUGGCUUGUAAGUGUGUGAGGAUGAGAGGCAAAGAGAGGCCGUCGAUGGACAAAGUGACUACAGCAUUGGAGCGAGCUUUGGCAAUGUUAAUGGGCAGCCCGAGCAAUGAUCAGCCCAUUCUGCCAACUGAGGUAGUCUUGGGAAGUAGCAGAUUGCACAAGAAGUCCUCUCAAAGAUCAUCAAACCGGUCAGUCUCAGAAACAGACGUGGCAGAGAGUACCGAUCAUGAUCAGAGAUUUGAGUUCAGAGCUCCAUCGUGGAUUACUUUCCCGAGCGUGACUUCUUCACAGAGAAGGAAGUCAUCGGAGGAUUCAGAUGCGGAUGCUAUUGAUGCGAAGACCACAGAAAUCAGAAAUUUUGGGAAUGGUGGAAGUAUCAUCGGUGACGGUUUGAGGAGUUUGGAAGAAGAGAUUGGGCCUGCUUCUCCUCAAGAAAACUUGUUCUUGCAGCACAAUUUCUAGUUUCUAGGUGGCUUUUAAAAAACAAGACAAUAAAUAUUUGAGGUAAAUCUGGCUUAUUCAUGUUCAAAAUACUUUUGAUUUGCCUUGGUUGAAUGUUUAUUUUCUUGCGGAGGAAAAAAUUAUUGUAAACAAAAUGAGGCAAGGGAUGUAACUUUCUGUUGGUUACAAUGUAUUGACUUUGAGUCUGCUUCUUUGUGCAUUCCAUUUGAUAAUGUGUUUGUUUUCCAUUCUCUGCAUAGUAAUUGAUUUAUUCAUAUUAGUA